AUGGCGGCGACACUCACAAAGGCGUUCCAACGGUUUGACCUAAGCAACAAAGAAAUGGCAGGAAUAGACUUAGAGACAGAGGAUGUGCUAGAGAGAGUUGAGGAAUGUAAGUUGAGCUUGGUAGGAAGGAUUAUGGGUGAGAAAGUUCCAAACUUUACAGGGGUAAAAAACUACACAUCACACAUGUGGGGCUACCCCAGGAACCUACACGUUGUGGAACUCGGCCCCAGUGUCUUCCAGUUUAACUUUGCAGAGGACAAAGACAAGGAUAAAGCCAUGAAUGGAAGACCAUGGGUUAUUGAUAACCAACUGCUUGUCAUAAAACCAUGGGCUCCAGAUAUAGAGAAAAGUACAGAAGUGUUCCAUGUAUCUCACAUGUGGAUACAAGUGUGGAAUCUCCCAAUCCACUGGUUGAGUAAAGCAGUGGAAUUUAAGCUCGAACAAAUGUUCUCUGCCAUUAGAGAAAUUAUCAUCCCACCAAGAGGAGGAAAGGAGGGGAGACAUAUGAAAAUCCUGGAGGAAAUAGAUAUAUCAUAA